CCAGGUGCAGAAACAUCGCGUUUCAAGCGUUAUCAGGUGAUUUUUAUUGAUUUAGGAAUUUGGGAAAAUUUUCGCGAUUCUGGCCACAAUUCAGUGACUUGCAAUGUUCAGGCCGGAGGAGCAUGGCCUCGCGAGGGACUUCCGCCUCACGAGGUACUCAACGCUGCGCGGAUGAGGCUGCAAAGUCCCACAGGAAGUUUUAACCAAAUUUCUUGUGGGAGUGCAUUUGAUUGCCGGCCGUAAUUCUCUCCCUCAGGGCAGAAUUGAGGCCGGCAUGGAUUCCGCUGUCAUUCCGCUGGAGCGUCACAAUUUGUCAAUUGUUCAGUCGGUAGACUUCUUCUAUCCUCUCAUCGAUGAUCCGGAGAUGAUGGGCAGAAUAGCCUUCGCCAACAUGGCCAGCGAUGUCUAUGCGACAGGAGUGGUGACGCUGGACAAGGUGACGAUGAUUUGCAGCUGCCCGGAAGCGUUCAGUGAGCAGGAGAGAGAUAUUAUCAUGCCUCUGUUGAUCAAGGGAUUCCGGGAAGCUGGCCAGGAAGCUGGAUGCAAAGUCACCGUGGGCGGAAUCGCCAUCAAUCCGUGGUGUAUUUUGGGCGGUGUUGCAACGUCCGUCUGCACACAGGAAGAGAUUAUAAUGCCAACAAACGCUUCUCCGGGCGACGCAUUGGUUCUCACAAAACCCCUGGGCACUCAGUUGGCCACCAAUGCCUUUCACUGGAUGCUGGACGAGUCUGAGAGUUGGCAGAAGCUGAAAACGAAGUUCACGGAAGAAGAUAUUCGCAGAACUUACCUCAAAGCCAUCGAAUCCAUGGCUUUCCUGAACAAAUCCGCUGUCGAAUUGAUGCACAAAUAUUCAGCUCAUUGCGCUACAGAUGUUACAGGGUUCGGCUUGGCUGGACAUGCCAAAAAUCUCCUGGAAUUCCAGACAAAUCCUUUAAAAUUCAUAAUUCACACUCUCCCGAUCAUCGUGAAUGUCAAUCGAAUGGCUGAAAUUCUGGGGCGUCAAGAGAAGCUCCUUAUCGGAAAGGCAGUGGAGACUUCAGGAGGAUUGCUGAUCGCCCUGCCGAAGGAUUUCGCCCAGGAUUUUUGUCAGGAAUUCAAGGAGAAAACCUCAAGAGACGCUUGGAUCGUGGGUUCUGUGGAGAUUUCCGCUGUUCCCGUGGUCGAAAUCCAGCAGGAUGGCCUUAGAAUCUUAGAAGUGUAGUUUGAGGCAGAUUUGUGG